AUGGCGGACGGUUCUGAAGUCCGCAAAAGGCGGCCGUUGGAGCCAAAUGAGAGGGAUGAGGUGCUAGACAACACGCCCAAGUAUGCCGAUGCAGAUACAAUGGCGCAGCGCCGCAUCGUGCGGGUGCAGCGUACGUCUGUCAGUGAUGUCGUGCCGUCGUUGAAAGGGGCGUUCAAGGCGGUGCCCGGCUUGGCGCCGACGGCGGCACCAUCUCUUUCCACAAAUUUUGGGUUAAGCGGCAGUAACAGCAUCAGCAGCGGCGCCAAUUUCGCACUGGCCAAAGUUUCUUUUCCGGUUGUUGGAGAAGCGCCGAGUUCUGUCUUACCUGGUGCCAAAAAUUUCACAUUUGGUGUUGGCAGCAGCCCCAGUGAAAGCAGCAAGGAUAACAGUGGCGGUAUGGUCGCUGUUGGCAAUGAUGCGGCUGCGGGGACGUCUUCAUCUCGAGAGACGUUGAAUUUUAACGGCGCGCGAAAUGUUUUUGCGGAGGCCAAGGAGCGGAUGGCGAAGACCGUCGCUGACGUGGAAGAGGAAGCGCCGGCGGAGGAGAAGCUUGCCACCAGCGAUGUUCUUGCCCAGGCUGCUCAUGUCACGCCUUUAACGGAGGAGAUUUUGGCGUGUGCGUCCUGUAAACUGUUUUUGUUUAAGUUGGAAACCAAAAGUUGGGUGGAAUGUGGCGUUGGUGAUGCCAAACUGAAGCGGCGCGAGUCCACAGAGGCCACGGACGGCGAGAAAGGAGUAAAAAAUCUUUAUCGUCUGAUUGUUCGCGAUGGUUACGCCCUCAAUGCAGCACUGUCCAGAAAUUUUCAUCUUACGAAGGCAGAUGACACGCAUGUCAUCUUUUCCAUACCAAAAAAUGACGGUGUUGCAACUUACCUUGUGAAGUACGUGGGGCAACAGGCAGCAGAACACGGCCCGGAGUUCACAAAGAAGUUAAAAGAAGCUCUGAAGUUGGCCCAAGAAGAUUUUUCUUAG